AUGUUAAUGUUAUGUGCUUCUGCAACUGAGUUGUGGACUUUGUUUGCUUGCACUCUUGGACUAUUAUACAAGGAGGGUAACCGGGUUCUAAAAUCUUCUCUUUAUUUUCAGGCGAUAAUGUUGUAUCUCAUAUUGCAAGGUCUUGCCCCACUUAAGGAAGUUUAUGCUCUCUUUUAUGCAGAUUCCAAGACUUUGAAAGAAGAAAAGCGGGAAGAACUAUUUGAAAAUUUAAAGGCUGAUGAAUCGAUUGGAUGGGCUGUUGAUGUCAUCGAUCCAAGGGAGCUUUCAGCUAAAAUGUUAAAGAAAAUUAAAAUAAAUCUUAAUGAAAUAUCGCAUGAUUCCGCCAUUGGCCUCGUCAGUAGGGUGCUGAACAUUGGAGUUCUUCUAACUGAGAUUUACGUGGAUACUGUAGGAGAUCCAGAAAAGUACAGAAUUAAGUUAUCUGAAAGAUUUCCAGCUAUCAAAUUUGUGGUUGCAAAGAAAGCUGACAGUCUUUAUCCAGUUGUAAGUGGAGCAAGCAUAGUUGCGAAGGUCACAAGGGAUCAAGCGCUGCGAGAUUGGGUGCUUGAUGAAACUGCUGAAAACAUGCACAGGAACUUCGGAUCGGGAUAUCCUGGAGAUCCUGAAACUAAGGCUUGGUUGGCACAUCACAAGCACUCAGUAUUUGGAUUUCCAACAUUGGUCCGCUUCAGUUGGGGCACAUGCACUCCCUACUUCAAAGAAAUUGUUCAAGUUUUGUGGGAGUCCGAUGCAAUGGAUGAAGACGCUUCCACUCAUAGGACUGGCAAGCGGCAAUUAAAAUUGACAAGUGUUGGUUUCACUGGGCUCAAGAGGAAAAGUGAAGAAAUUGAAUCAAGUGGCAAAGGUCGCUGCAAAUUUUUCCAAUCUCGCAAACUUGAGCAAAUGUCUCACUUCUAAACAUGAAGUUUGGAAUUCUCAGGAAGUAUUUUGUCUUUGUUUCACAACCUUUUGCCCUCCGGUGUCUUGCAUCUUGUAACUUAGAUCCUAAUCUCCAACUCAAUUAAUGAUUAAAUCAUGCCUUUGCAUGGAUAGUUGUUGAUGGGUUGGUAUACAUGAUAUGGUAGAACAUGAGAUAUGUAACUUGAUUAGACAGAAUCUGGACUAGUUAGAAACCGAAGGCAAGGUCAGGGUAUACAUGACUCAAUAUUACUAUUAGCAG